AAGGCAAGAAACUUGAUAAAACGUCAAGGUCUUUACUCUGUAUAGUUUGCUAUAUUUCACCAGGUGUCUGAGCUGAGUAACUUGCCGUUUUGCGUUAAAAAAAUCAACAUGACCGUUGGUCAGUUGCCUGUCGCGUAUACACUUUUGGAAUUGACUGUGGCCGUAAUUGCCGUUGUUGGAAAUAUGGUAGUGAUGAUAGCUUUCGGACUGGACAAACGAGUUCGGAAAAAAACUAACUUCUACAUCUUUAGUUUAGCGACGGCGGAUCUUUUGGUCGGACUAGUUGGAGUCCCAUCGGCUAUCCUUACAAAGUUAGGCCUACCCGAGGGAAGUUUCAGCGGCUGUAUAACCAUGCUAUCGCUUCUGGUGGUGUUGUGUACCAUCUCCAUAUUAAAUCUUUUGGCAGUAUCUGUGGAUCGCUACUGGGCCGUGCUUCACCCUUUCAGUUAUCGUCGAAAGAUGACCGGUCGCGGAGUGGUUGCGAUCAUCCUAGGCUGCUGGCUGUUGGGAAAUUGCAUCGGCUUCUUACCGCUCUUUGGGUGGAAUUCCGGAUUAGAGCCCGGUGGCCGCUGUUUCUUUACAAACGUCAUGAAGUAUGAAUUUUUAGUGUUCCUUUAUUUCGCGACUAUCGUUUAUCCGACACUGCUGAUGGCAUUUUUCUACGCAAAGAUCUAUGUUGUUGUGCUCAAACAGGUGCGACAGAUAUCUGCUCUCGAACAAGCACCCAGCACCUAUGUGGUAUCCAGCUCAUUCAAUAGGGACAUCAUUUCUUCCACCACAGUCCCGCUUCAGCAAGCUUCCAACCACAACAAGAGAGACAUCAGUAAGGCCAAAAAACUAUCUAUUAUUGUCUUGUUUUUCGUUAUCUGCUGGCUUCCUCUGUACACCAUCAACUGUAUUCAGGCAUUCUGCCGCACGUGCGUGCCACCGUCCUGGCUUCUGGAUUGUUUUAUAGUUCUGUCCCAUGCCAACUCUGCUGUGAAUCCCUUUCUAUAUGCCUACCAUAUGCGAGAGUUUAGAGAAGCCGCCAAUCGACUCGUAUGCUGUUUCCGAAGAAGCCAGAAUCAGAAACUAGACUUGCAGAUGGACUCUUUUAUUGGGCAAGGUCUUGGAAGAACGAUUCUCAGGCAUGCGUUGACGAGUGAUGCAAAGAGUAAAAGUAUUCAAGAAAAUAAAGAAAAUCUUUCUCGGACACCAUCGUAUUUAAAUGUAGAAUAUACAUAACAAUGAAAAACACUUGGUAAUUAAAAGGUUGGACACACGAGCACUUUGAAUCUCAACGAAUAAUCACAACGUAUUUCUGGGGUGUCUUCUUGUUGUGUACUCGAAAAUUUAAUUUGGCAAAAUUGAAGGUCAGAACAACGUGAGAUGGUAAAUUUGAAGUACAAAAGCCAAAGGUUAAAGUAAGGUAGAGUUUAGAAUUAAAAGGGUUAGUACAGUAUAACUAGCCAUUAACAUGCUAAGAUUAUUUAUAAUAAAGUUGUGGCAACAGAUAACAAUCGUUGUCAUUAUUAAUAAUCCAUACGAUCAUCUAAGUGUAAUUAUCAAAUAGUAACUAUUAUUAUUAAUUAUAGUGUAUUCGGUGUUUCGGCUUAUAAUCUGCUGCCGUCUUCAGGAAAGUCCUGACAAGGACUAUUUUCUCUGUCUGUAUAGGUUACUAUCCAUGACAACCAUUAACAUGCUCUGCAUAGUUUGUGAGUUCUCCGUUGCAAAGUGGUUUAAAGGUUUUGCAACUGCAUUAAAACAACGAACAUCUGAUAUAUAACUUACAAUUCCAGACUACUUACUUUAUAUAGUUACGAGUAUUGUGAAACUACAACUGUCAAAAGAAAGCUUCCACGUUUCCGUGUAUUGCUAUAUUUCGACAUUAGGUAUGAUUAAAAAUUCCAGAAGUAAAACAUUUAGAUCUCAACCUCUUGAGGAACACAAACCUUUUUAGUUCCAAAAAAAAGCAAAUAUUGUUGGAGUAACUUGAACUUAUGUCACUGCUUUCACUGUAUUUGAUUAUCGCGAUAUUCUCCAGUUUUACGUAAAUUACA